GCGGAUAUGCAUGGUCUCGUACUCUCGUGCAUGGAGGAGGCGGUGUGAAAGGCUUAGUUAGGUACCGCGUCCAGGCUUGCUGUUUGCUAGUCCCGUGUAGGUGGUGAAUCGCCUAUAUAUAGCAAGCAUGAACUAGAGCAAGUUCGAUCACAUCCAUCAUCUGCGGCCUAGCGUUGCAUUGCAUCGAUCUUCUUCACUGCCAUAUUUUCAGCCUGGCCUUAAUUGCGAGCUAGCUAGCGCCAUGGCUUCCUCCUCGCAGCUGCUGUCGUUGCUCGCCCUCCUGCUGGCCGUGUCGUCAUCCCCAUCCCUUCUGGCCGUGCAGGCAGCAGUCCAGUACCCCGGCGAUCGGCUGACUCACAUCUGCGUCUACAUGCACGAGACCGUCUCCGGCCAGCACGCCACGAUGCUGAGGUCCGUGCAGUCCCCGCUGGGCAGCAACUUCAUGUUCGGCACGGUGAACGUGCUGGACAACGAGCUGCGCGACGGGCCGGACCGCAGGAGCUCCAAGCUCGUGGGCCGGUUCCAGGGCCUCUUCGUCGGGUCCGGCGUGGUGAGCCCGCCGGGCCUGAUGACGUCCAUGAACGUGGUGUUCACGGCGGGCAGGUACAACGGUAGCACGCUGGCGUUGCUUGGGCCCGUGCUGGACUUCGAGGCCCCCGUGGAGCGUUCCUUGGUGGGCGGCACUGGGUGCUUCAGGAUGGCCCGUGGGUACUCCGUCAUGACCUCUGUGGGGAACUACACCAAGGCUGACUCCGUCGUCCUCGUCGACAAGAUCGACCUUUAUGUGAAGAUUCGUCGUCAGAGAAUCAUCACCAUGACUGCCCCGGAGAAAUCCACACCGGAGUCCCUCUUUGACGAAUAGUCCGUUGUCCUGAUUACAGUUUUUCUGUUAUGUCGUGAUCUAUUCGUCUGCCGUGCUUCCUAUCAUAAGUGUACCAUCAUACCAUGAGUGCAUAUGUUGUUAAAUUUUCUUGAAAAGUUGCUAAUAAAGUGCGUCUUGUUUGAUCCAUUUA